CGGAAACCGGCCCGGCCCCAGCAGCGGGGCUAGGGCAGCGGCUCCAUGGGGGCGAGGUGGGUCCCGCACGUCAAGCGAGGGACCAGGCUCCUGACUCCACCAGGAUUGCAGGGACUGAGCUGCUGAGGAUGCCCUGAGAGUGGCCAAGCCAUGAGCAGAGUCUCCCGUGAGCGCCUGGACUCGGAGUCCUGCUCCCGGGCACUCUCCCAGGCCCGAAUGUACCUUGAGCAGAUUCGGAGCCGUGUCUCUCCAGGGGGCCCUGAUGUGCACGGAACUGGGAAGCGGGAUUACCUGGUGGAUGCAGCAAAGCAGAUCCGCCUGGCACUGGAGCGGGAUGUGAGCGAGGACUAUGAGGAGGCUUUCAAUCACUACAAGAAUGGGGUGGAUGUGCUGCUCAGCGGCGUGCAGGUCGACCCCAAUAAGGAGCGCCGUGAGGCUGUGAAGCGGAAGAUCACACAGUACCUGAAACGGGCUGAGGAGAUCUUUAACUGCCACCUGCAGCGGACUCUGGGGAACGGGAGUUCCACUGCCACGGGCUACAGCAGCCUUCGCUUUCGGCCCAUCAGGACGCUCAGCUCAGCUGUGGAGAACCUGAGGCGCUGCAAGGUUGUGGGAGUGAUUGAGAAGGUGCAGCUAGUCCAGGAUCCAGCCACUAGGGGGACCUUUAUACUUAAGAGCCUCCCUAAAUCCCACGUGGAGACCCGUGAGCGGCAGACCAUCAUCCCGCAUGGAGUCCCCUUCAUGGCCAAGCUGCUGCACUACUAUGUGAGCGAAGACUCCAUCUUCCUCCACCUUGAGCAUGUGCAGGGGGGGACACUCUGGUCCCAUCUCCACUCCCGGCCUCGUUUACAGCAAGGUUCCUCUGAUGGCCCCAGUAUCCUAAUCCCGAAGUCCAACUCAGUUUUGGUGGGCGAUGGUGAGGAGCAGCGAGUAGAAACCUGCUUGGGGGCUGGCUCUCAGUCCAGCCAGAGCUCCAGCUUCUGCUCGGAGAAUGGCACUGACCUCCCAACCUCUGCAAAUCACCACCCACCAGAAAUUGCUGACCAGUCGUCCUCUCGGGAGCAGUCACUUGACCACAUGGGUGCCAGACCAGGGACUGGCUGCAGGUUCCAUACUGGAUCUGCCAAUGGCUAUAAGGGAGUUACUAGGGGGAAGGACUCAAGUGCAACACACACUCUGUUUGGUGUCACUGAUUCUGUCUUCGUGGCAAUGGCCAAGGGAUGCAGCCAUCUGACCAACCAGAGCUUGGCCUUCCAGUCAUGUGACUUGUUAACCAGCAGUGAUGGUAUCAGCAGUGUAUCAGAGAGGGAAGAUUCUCAGCAGGACACAAGGCUACUGGCUGAUGAAAGGCUGCCCCAGUCUCCUGCUGCAGCCUCGAAGGCUAUGGAAGGAGGCCACCUGGUGAAGGUGGAACCUCGAGUUUUCCAGGUGUCUGAUACUCCCUGGGCUCAGCCCACAUGGUCCCUAGUGGCUCCCCCAGGACAAAGGCAGCUGCACCCUGGAACCACCCUGCACAGCUCUAGCAAGUCCUUCUGGUGUGACUCUGGGGGGAAAGAGUUGUUGAGGAGCAUCUCAAGGGCCCAAGAAGGAGCAGGCCAUGGUCAGCAUCCAACUGCAGGACAGCGUGGGCCUCCAGCCCAUCGGUCUUUCCGAGGGGAUGGCCAGGUGACCUGGGAUGUGAACGAGGAGCUCAUCCAGCUGUGGGCAGCCGAAAUGCUCUUGGCUCUGGAGGGACUCCAUCAACAGGGGGUGCUGUGCCGAGAUCUCAACCCCAGAAACCUGCUGCUAGAUGGUGCUGGUCACAUCCGUCUCACCUUCUUUGGCCAGUGGACAGAAGUGGAACCACAGUGCUGCAGCCAGGCCCUAGAAGAUAUGUACAGCGCCCCAGAAGUGGGUGGGAUUUCUGAGCUGACUGAGGCCUGUGACUGGUGGAGCUUUGGGUCCCUGCUGUACGAGUUACUGACAGGAACAUCGCUGUCCCAGAGCCACCCCUCGGGGAUUCACCCUCACACCCAGCUGUACCUUCCAGAGAGGCUCAGCCUGCCUGCUGCAUCCCUGCUCACUGAGCUGCUGCAGUUUGACCCCAAGCGACGAUUGGGCUCUGGAGGAGGCGGAGUCAACAAGCUGAAGAGCCAUCCUUUCUUCAGUACUAUCCAGUGGAACAAGCUGGUUGGCUAGACUGACCCAUGUGGAGCAGUGGGGAGUGAAGGAUAGUGUCAGGCAGGGGGCUAGCUGCUGCUGUGUGGGUGAGGCCCAGGGAGAGACUCAGAUCCUGCUGGAGAGGCAGAUUAUCCCCCUAGAUCACUGGGACCUGUGAUCCUGGGUGGUACUUGCAGCUCUGCCAGUCUCAGGGAGGUCCACUUCUGCAGGGGCUGAUUGUGGGGGUCUGGAUUGGGUCCAAUUUGCAGCCUUGGCUUCUUCCUCCUGGGCUAAUUUCCAUUUGUGUUGCAGUAGGAUUUUCAAGAGAUCAGGCCAGACUGGGGUCAAGUCACAUUGUCUUCCUGCCCUCCUUCCCCCAGGUCCUCCCAUUCUUGCCCUACAUCUAACCCAACCCUGGUAAAAGUCACUGACCCCUACAGAGGCAAAGACAUCAGUGCCAGUGGGCCUAACUCAGCCACCUUGGCCUACUACCCUUGCUGUCCCAUGGGUUCCCUGGGACAUUCCUGCCCCUCUUUGCCCACAAGCUCUGUGGGGCUCUCCUUGCCUGGUGCUUGGUGUGGGAAGCCAGUCUUUGUAACUAUGAAUGAGACUCCCCUGCUCACCCAGGGGCCUAGAGCGGCAGUAUCUCCCUCUGGGGCAGGCCUUGUUAGUGUCCAGCUCCUUGGUUCUCCCUGCCCUUAUCAGCUGGGGAUCCCAUCCCAGUUACUUUCUCCCCAUUUCUCUGCUGCUGCCUGAGCUCUUUAUGGCUUACUAAUGCACUCCCACUGGCUACCACUAGACAGGGUCUGGGGUUGUGGUCUGUCUCCCCCACUGGCUGCAUGUGCACUGGCAGCACCUGCCCAUGCUGUCUUGUGAGAGGGGUGGGGAGAAGCCCCCCACUCCCCUCGGUGUGUGAGAGGCUCCCCCUGGGAUCUCUGACCUGCUCCAAGUGAAUGUCUGAAAUCAAUAAAACAGCUUCACCCAA